CAUCUGCAGCAAACUUCAUUCAGAUAUAUCAAUUCGCUUUUGUCACCGAAUAAACGGUGUUUUUGUGCUGGAAAGUGAUCGUGAGUGAAUCUGUUAAACUCUUUGUUGAAAAAGUAUCGUGGUUGUGAAUUACAAGAUGUCUAACUCCUUCCUUCAACCUCGUGAUCCGAGCAUCGACAUGUACAAUCGCCCAGUGCCAAUCCGGCUAGAACGCCUGGAGCCACUGCUGCAGGAAAUAGAAGAAGAUGAGCAUGCGGAUUCCGCAAGUUCCAGAGACGCUUCCCAAUAUUCCGACAAUAUUUCUCUGUCUGAAAGCAAAGCAGAUGUCUAUCUGCGUCUGAGGGAUAUAGGGAACAACGAAGUAGCCCACAGAAAAAUGUAUGAGGCCACUUCGACUGGACUGAAAGUCAUGUGCGUGAAGAGUGACGCUUCCGGACGGAACAAAACGCCUUGCACGCAGCUCUAUUCCUUUACCAGGGUGUUUGAAACCACGAAAAAGCAGACAGAUGUGUAUCACACUGCAAUAAAGCAGCAUGUGGAUAAUGAGGAGCAUGCAGUGUUCCUUACCUACGGAACUUCUGGAUCCGGGAAGACUUACACGCUGCUCGGAAACAAAAACAAUCCGGGAGUUAUUCCUCGGGCUGUUGAGCAGAUUUUCACAAAGUAUAAAGAUCAAUUAGCUGCUCAGCCCACUAUAAAAUUUUCCAAUGGGCUUUUUGAAUUGCUGGAUGAUGAUAAGGCUAUCCAGGAGGAGAUCAUUCGGCGGAAGAUUUUAGAUUCUCCAGAUGCCACGAACGGUUUAUAUGAUUAUGAAGAAAUGGCCGCUGUGAUCAAUCGUGAGGAAUCUUUUACAGCUGAAGAAAGUAACGGAGAAUUGUCUUUCAUUUGGGUGUCCUUCAUGGAGAUCUACAAUGAGAAAGUUUACGAUCUCCUCAAUAUUUCUCCUCUGGACACGGCAAAGCGUCAAGAAUUGAAAAUUAUCUCAAACAAGGGCUUUCCCUAUGCCAAGAAUCUCACUCAUAUUUAUGCCAAAAGCAGUGAAGAUGUCAUAAAAAUUCUUAACUAUGGAAUAAACAAAAUCAGUUACGGAUCCACAAUGAUUAAUGCCAGAUCAAGCAGAUCUCACAGUGUUUUCAGUGUUUUGGUUAUUAAAUUCUCCAAGCCAAACAAUUACAGUUGCGUUUCGUACAGAUUUGGCGAUUUGGCUGGAUCUGAGAGGCUUAAGAAGACUGAAAAUGUGGGAAAUCGCCUGAGGGAAGCACAGAAUAUCAAUAAAUCUCUCAUGUGUUUGAGGAAGUGCCUUAGUGUCCUGCAGGAGAAUCGUCAGAAGAAACUGAACAAUAUUGUGCCAUUUCGUGAUUCCAAGCUCACACUUCUCAUUCAAACGGCUCUGCUGGGCAAGGAGAAUCUUGUUCUCAUUGUCAAUCUUUAUCCCAUUGAGGCAUACUACGAGGAGAAUCUCACAGUGCUGGAUUUUGCUUCUAUUGCGAGAGAAAUGGUGAAGAGUCCAAUAAAGAAGGUUAAAGUCCGGUAUUCUUUCCUCAUGGCUCAACAAGGUGGAAGUCCUGAGAUUUAUGAACUGCUCCUCGAUGAGAAUUACAAGCUAAAGAUGGAAGUUAGCGUUAAGAAUGAAGAAAGCAAACUUCUGUUUGAAGAAAACUGCGCGUUGAGGGAAGAAAAUGAUCAGCUCAAGGAGCAACUGUCAUACCUGAGAAACUACAUGACUGAAAAUGAGAUUGCCAUUCGCAGUCAAUUGCUGAAUAAGCAUGAGCAUUUCAUGGAGCGGCAACGAGUGAUGCAGGAAAAGAUUCACCAGAAUGAACUCGAAGGUCUGAGGAGGCAGCAUGCCAGGGAAAUUAAAAAGUUGCAGGAUCAGAUAGAUAUGCUGACGAUUGAGGAAGUCGAUAGCAGCAGUGAAGAUGAGAGGAGGUAAUUUAAAUAGCAUUUUUUUUAUUGUUUCACAAGAAAAAAAAUUUACAUACACAUGAGCAAUGUCUUUUAGUUCAAAAAAAGAAAAAGAUAGUCAAAAAAUUCAGGCUGUGGAGAAUUUUUUUUCUUUGUAAAAUUUGAGGAUAUUUUUUUUGGUAUUUAGUUGCAAACACUGAGACAUCCAUUAAAAAUAAAUAAGGUUGAUUGCA